AAGCGUCAUUGUAUAUUUUCAAGGGUGUGCUGUUUGCAUAAAUUGCGAUAUCCAUUUGCAGGCUAGAAGCUGCGCCAAACAAUGAAGUCACCAAACCGUCAGGGAAGUCUACUUAACGACUGACCUUCAAGCUUCAAGUGGGUCGGGUACGAAAUAAAAAGCACUCACUGAGCACCACCGUCUGCAAACCUGAACCGCCUCACGUCAGAGAACAGGCUGUUGGUAUACGCACAAUAUAAGUGUGGGCAGCGCCGCUUUGUCAUAACUUUGCACCGAACUGAAAUCGUGUUGCUCACUGGAUCCCGGAUAUUCUGUUUUCCGCAUAUACACUCUUGGCAAAGGUUUUGCAUCAACCAAACUGGGUUCAUCAUCUAAACUUGCUGUUCGGGAGCCUCAAGGUGAAAUUGUCUCAUAACAUCUUCUCGAAUCAAACCAAUCGUCGGGAACCAUGCAGUCUAGACCGAGUUUCUUCAACAUGGCGCGCGUUCACACUGUUGUGCUUCUCCUGCUGUGCCAAGCGUUCUUGAUGUUUCAUCCUGUGUUGGCGGUUUCAGAGCGCACUGAUCCCAACAGUCCGCCGACGACCUACGGUGAAUGUCUCCAGGAGUGCCAAUCCGACACGGAUGUGAGGUGCAUCGCCUGUGGACUCGACACCAUCCCGACUACUCCGGAUUGUAAGAGAGCCACCACACUGGAACUGGCGUCGAACGACAUCAGGGAGCUGCGACUGGGAGUCUUCGCCGGGUUUAAUGAGUUAUCAAUCCUCGUGCUUACGGACAACGAGAUUCGAGAUAUCCCUCGGGGUGUCUUGAGUGAUCUGGGGACCCUGACGGCGUUGUACGUCGACUGGAACAAUCUGACAAGUCUCCGGGAGGGGGCGUUCGAAGGCCUGGUGAGCCUGAGAGACCGCCUGAUUCUCACUGGCAACCAGAUCACAAGGAUCACCACGGGGGUGUUCAAUACCCUGACUCUCACUCCUAUCCUAGCCGUAGACAGCAACCACAUUGAGUCCAUCCAGCCUGGUGCAUUCCAAGGCAUGGCCAAGCUGUCCACUCUGCUCCUGGGAAAGAAUCGCAUCUCCAGUAUCGCCAGUGGGACUUUUUCCGAGCUGGGGAAGUUGAGAAUGCUCGACCUGAGCUACAACCGCAUUGAAACUCUUGAGGGUGGUGCUUUCGAGGGGUUGGUGAGCUUGCAGGAGCUCAAACUGAACUCCAAUCGCAUCAUCAGCGUGGCAGCGAUUGAAAGCCUUCCGCGGUUGAGCCACCUGACACUCGCAGACAAUGAAAUAGAGUCUCUUGGGGACAACCGUUUUCUCGAGAGUAAGUUGCAAGAAAAGGAGUUUACUGUUACUUUCCAGAAGAAUCCACUGAGAUGCAGCUGUUCUGUAGAAUGGCUAAGGCUGUGGUACAGGAAACACGAGACCACAGAUGAGGAAAAGGCGAUGUGUGCGGCUCCCGCUGAAUACGAAGGCAGAUUACUCACAGAUAUCCACACACCUCUUCCGUGUAAACGGCCAGCCGUGGCUACCACCAGUAAUCCUUUGAUGGACGCCUUGAAUCCAAACCAGGCUGAGCCUUUGCUUAACACCACAAUGUCUAUCAUCGUCACCAUAGUGGCUUUAGGCCUGAUAAUCCUUGCGAUAGGUACUUACCUGGUGUUGAGAAGAUACAGACGGAAGAUGGGGGCUCAUAGAGAAGCAGAGAAAGACGACGAGGCACCAGAACCGGGACCAGAAGACCCGAAUUUGGCCAGCGGUUACAGUACUUUCGUGGAGCGCGACACAGACGCAGCAGGAGACUCCCUGAUUGGUCAGACCACCGCGCCGCAUCCUCCCCCGAUGGCCAACGGACACGUCUUUCACGAAACGGAGCAGGAGGAGACGUCGUCUUUUUUGCCCUCGCACAAUUACCUUCCCGUGAAGGAACUGAAUUCUCCGAGGGAACCCUUGCAGCCUAGAGUACCGUCUACAAUGGCGCCUCCCCCGCCGGUGAACUCGACGGUUUCGCCAGUAAAUUCGCCGGUCUCCUCGUUGGAACCCGAUGUCGUGUGCCGGAUAGACUUCGACGAACGGGGUUCAAUGGUCAUCACCACCCCAGAGUCCGAGCUUGACGAGGGCAACAUGGAACCCACUGACCAAUUUAUCUGCCCUGAGGAGGUCAAAUACGCCAAACUGGACCACUUUAGGCCGACUCAGUCCAGCUCUCGGCCCUGCAACGGGGGCUACAUAGCACCCCGAGAUUUGGCGGGAUACCCGACGUGAAUAGACCGAUUUACGCGAGCGCAGCCUCUUUCGGGUUGUACCGUGUUGCAUAUACUCAAUGCAUUUCGAUUCGUGCAAAUACUUUGCCAUUAGUAAGAGCACGUCGGGCACACAUACUCCCGGGCGUUUUACUGCGAAAGUUAGUUUGAAACAUGUAUAAGGUUAUCUUUCAAAUUUAAAAGUUCCGAAAUACCUUAAGGAAAUUAGAUACUGCUGUCUGUAAAAUUAAAGGAAAAUAAUCAUGUAAUACAAUUUUGUACAUUGUAAAAAGGAUUAAGAAAUGCUAAUUAAAGGUGAACUAAAAUGGACAAUUGUAUACAGAUGCACUAUAUGGUGCGCUAACAGAGCAGAAAAGAUGUUUUUUCCCCCUGGUACGAGUACUUUAUCAUGAGUGUACGAGUAAUGAGUACAAGGGUCUGGUUUUUUUGUCUUUCGAGUAGUACAUGACAUUUGUACAGGGUGUUGCAAAUAGAAGGAAACCCACUUUUGACAGCAAUUUUCACCUACUUGUUGAGCAUAUUUCAAAAAUUCAAUUUAAUGGUUUUAAAAUAUUGAUCUUCAAACAUAAGUGACGAAAAAAAAUGAUUGCAAAUGCAUAUUUUGUCUCGGAGAUAUGGAAGUUUAAAAUGGCAUGUGCCAAACAUGUUUAUCCACGGACGGCUUUAUCCAUCCGCUUGACUGAGCUCCGGAGCUUCAUUUGAAUACAAAAAACCACUUAUAGCCUUACACGUGGACAACAGUGAUUUUGGUGAAUUGUAUUCAAAUUAGCAUAGUAACACUAUUCUUGCGAUUUUUGAGAGAUUUUCUCCAUGUAUGGUUGAAGAGCUGUACUCCAUCUUAUAAAAACAAACAGUUCAAAGAAGUUAGGCCUAAGUAAGCCAGUUAAAGUUCAUGUCAAAGUGGGUUUCCUUCUUUUUGUACCACCCUGCAUAGUAUUCAACACUGCCAUGUAAAUACGUGUAUUGGAUGGAUUACGUUUGCUUUAUAACAUGCAAUGAUGCAACAAGGAAGUAGUUUGUUUUUUGAUCUGCCAGAUUUAUGCAAUACGUCAACUCUAGCUUCACCAGAAUGGUUAUUGUAAGCAAAUGUACAUGUACAUAAUAUAUAUAUUUAAUUAAUCUGUGAUUGAGCAUUACAAUUAAUCUUGUAUAAACAUUAUAUUUUGUUUGAAAAAUUAUACCAUUUAUAUACUUUCAUGUAAAUUUAAAUUCGUAGGAGAAGGAUUUCUCAAUCAUCUGGUCAUUGUUUAUUAUAGGCAACGACAUUUCCCGAUGUUUGGUCGCAAAACGUUCUCUGUUCUUUACCGGAAUUUCCUCUCCGUUUCUCCCAAUACCAUUUCUCUGAAACUUUGAACGAUAUUCCUUUUCGUUUAGAUAUCUCUGAUAACAUUAAGGGGAAAUGUGUACUAAACCUGAUCAUUUUUUAAAAUAAUGUUUAACACCCUUCCCCUAACAAAAGAGAUUUGGGUUUAACAAAUGGUUAUGGUAUAGCAUGAUGUAAUUGCAACAUUAUACUCUUUCUUCUUUUUCUCAAUGGUAUACGAUUGCAAGAAAUCGAUCCACAUUAUAUAAUGUACAUAGUAUAUGUAAAACAUUAAUGCAGCUGUUUUUUUUUCAUUAUAAAAAAAAUUAUAUGAAGGCGAAUAAGAACUGUAAACAGCAAUCGCGUUUUUAAAAUCAGUUGUAGUAACACUAACUGGACUUAAUAAAAUUUCCAUCGACUUUCAACAUAAGUAUUCCUUAAAUUAGCUUCAUUUCUGAUAACAAUUAUAGAUGGGGAUAUAGUUGAGAUAGGACUCAGUAAACAUAAAAGUGAGAAGUUAUCUCUGGAUUUAAUUUGUAUGUGAAAAUCACAAUACUUAAAGCUGUAAAUAAAAUUUGCAAAACUUGAAA